AUGUCAUCCUCAUCCGCAGCUAUUCCUGAAAAAGAAGAUGAGGUGAUUACAGAACAAAUUGGUGUGACUAGAGAAAAUCUAGACGAUCGACAACAGCCACUACAACAACGAUCAUGGAUGGCUGCGUUAGCAAAUAUGUUAGCAACAAAAAUGAUCUACAUAAUCUCGUUUAUUAUGGUUGCUGUUGUUGUUGUUGUAUUAUGUAGUAUGCUCAUAUCGGAUUUAUUUAAUUCAGUAAAACGCAAUGAAAUUAAUGAUGAUAUAAAUUCUAAUUUAUUGCGUGGAAACAGUGAGUUUAUUUAAUAAAUAA